AUGCCGGCAUCCCAGCGCUUCGACCUAGUAAUAUUUGGCGCUUCUGGAUUCACCGGCAAGCGUGUCGUGAAUGAACUAGCUAGGAUCGGCAAAAAUUAUCCAGAUUUAACAUGGGCUGUAGCUGGGCGGAGCCAAAGUAAGCUGGAGGGAGUCCUACGUGACGUGUCCGAGAAAUCUGGUGACGAUUUAUCAAACAUAAAAAUAAUCGCUGAUGCCGACGGAAAUGACGAGGCCUCCAUCAAGGGAAUGUGCGCUCAAGCGAAGGUUCUGAUCAAUUGUUCUGGACCAUUUACGAAAUUCGGGGAGGUCGUAGUCGCCGCUUGUGUCGAGUUCAAGACCCACUAUCUUGACGUCUGUGGGGAAACUCAGUUUAUUGAGUUAUUAGAAGAAAAGUAUGACAAGACAGCGCGUGAGGCGGGAGUUUUUAUCAUUAAUGCCUGUGGUCUCAGCAGCAUACCCGCUGAUGUGGGAGUGCAGUUCUUGGAGGAGAAUUUUGGCGGUACAUUAAAUUCCGUGGAAUCUUAUUUAAUAACUUAUUUCCCACCGCGAAUGAUGAGUGAGAUUUUUAACGGCAUCGUCCGAUAUAGCAGCUGGGAGUCACUCAUAACCAGGUACAUUUUACAUACAUUUUUGAUAGUUGCGGCGGUACAUUUGAAGGAAAUAGGGAAGCAACCUUCCUUCAACCUAGAACCAGAAUUAAAACAGAGAUGUCUCUUACACAAGAACUUAAGCAAAUGGUGUCUUCCGUUUCCGGGCGCUGAUAGCUUCGUUAUUAAUAGAACGCAACGCCAUCUAUUAUCGCUAGAGGGAAAACGUCCUGUUCAGUACAAACCUUACGUAGCAUUUCCGGGUUUUUUAACCGCUAUAGGAACUAUUAUUGGAUGCAUAUUUCUCUUUAUAUUAUGCAAAAUUCCCUGUACGAAACGUUUAUUAUUAAACUAUCCGAGGCUGUGUUCCUUCGGUGCUGUGACAUACGGAGAUCCGAAGGAAGGAGCAAUGGAUGAGUCCAAAUUCCAGUAUGAAAUGUUGGGGAUGGGUUGGAAUGAAGGAACCGACUUGGGAAAAGCGCCUGAUAAAAAAGUUGUAGCAAGAAUUAGCGUGACAGGCUUAGAUCCAGCGUACACCUCAACAGCAAUAACUAUCAUAUUCUCAGCUAUUACCAUUUUGAAGGAGAGAGAUAAAAUGCCUGCCGCAGGCGGAGUCGUGACCGGUGGCGUCGCUUUCAGAAAAACUAGUAUUGUAAAACGUUUACAAGAGAAUAAUAUUAAAUUUGAAAUUGUUAAAAGUUCAGAAUAGUAUUAAAAAUUAUUGUUAUUUUAAAAUGAAUAACAUAAAUUCAAUCAUGGCA